AAAAAACAGGCUCAGAUUUCUGUCUGUGAAACUGAGAGUAAGACGGUGGAGGAACAAGAUGUUACAGUGAGCGAAGCUGAUCAGCAGACUAUGGAGGCCAGCAUUCCUGACAGGACUGAGGAGAGAGAAGCUAAAUCUGAGUUCAAACUAGUCAAACAAAUCAGUGAUGCAAAUGAGGAAAAACAAGAUAAAGACCAGCUUUCAGCUGAAGAAACUGUGCAGGAGAAGGUUAUGGAGAUAGAAACACCAUGCAGAGAACAAUCAUUCAGAAACACAGAGGAGGAGGGAAAGGACCAACAGCAGGAAGCUGCGACAUCAGAGGAGGCAUCGAGCUGCAGAGGAGCUGCAGCUAAAGAAGCAGCAGCUGACAAGACAGUUGAGACUAAUGCUGAGGACAGUGUUGAGAAAAUAUCAACUCUGGAGACGGCGAAGCAAGAAGAGAGUGCUGCUGAUGGACAUGAACCACAGAAAAGUAAUCAAAGUGGAUCUGAGGUGAAUCUCCCGUCUCCUGUCCCAGAGGAUGGUGAAGCUGCAGGAAACUCAGACUCCCAGGAGAUUGCGGACACCGGUGAAGCAGCAGUGAAGAGAAAGAGAUCAGAGGAAA